AUGGCUAGAGGAAAGAAGUCGGGUUUGGUUCGACCUAAUCCCUCUGCUUCUGGUCUUGGGAGUUCUUCAACAGCAGCAUCUCCUACUCCUUUGGAGCUACUUGAAGUUGGAAGCCAACCUGCUUCAAGCCAAACACCUGCUGUUGCCAAUGGACCUGCUCCAAGUGUAGUUGAACCUGCUGCUUCUGUAAGUGAGGGUGGUGAGUCUUCUUCUCUAGGUACAAAACGUACUAGUAUGGUUUGGGAUCAUUUCAAAGAGUAUGAAAAAUUUGAGAGAGUAAAAGAUGUUCAUGGUAAAGUAAUCCAGAGAGUUCAGAGAAGGGCAUAUUGCAUCCAUUGUCCUAGGGGGAAGUUUGGGGAUUUCAUUGUUGAGGGUAAGAGUGGUACAUCUGGUUUGCUUAGGCAUCUCAAUCAAGGUUGUAGGUAUUUUCCACAUGAGGGAGAUAAGACACAAAAAAAUCUUGUAGGGGAUAAGUCUCGGUCAAAUAAACUGAGCACAAGUACAAAAGCUCAAAAUCAGGAAGAUUUUGUUGAAGCUUGUGUAGAGAUGAUUGUCAUUGAUGAGCUGCCAUUUAGCUUUGUAGACAAGCUAGGGUUUAACAUAUUUUGUCAGAGAGUGUGUCCUUCUUUUGAAAAGACUUCAAGAAGAACAGUGUGUAGAAGGUUUCUAAAUAUGUAUGGCAUCCAAAAACAUGCACUAAAAAAGAGUUUGAAAGCAUAUAGGCUGAGUCUAACCACCGACACUUGGACUAGUGUUCAAAAUAUCAAUUACAUGGUGCUUACUGCGCAUUUUGUCGAUGCAGAUUGGAAAAUGCACAAGAGGAUCCUUAACUUUAGUAUGAUUCAAAACCAUCAAGGGCCAACUAUAGGGAAGCUUAUUGAAUCAUGCUUGGUGCAGUGGGGAAUUGAGAAAGUGAUGUGUGUUACUGUUGAUAAUGCUUCUUCAAAUAAGUGUGCUUUAGAGUGGCUGGUUGCUAAGAUGAAUAAGUCGGCAGCUUAUGAUCAAAUUUUAAACGGAAAAUACAUGCAUGUGAGGUGCACUGCUCACAUUACUAACUUAAUAGUGGGGCAUGGUUUGAAAAGGUUGCAGAAAUCUGUGUUGGCAAUUAGGAAUGCUGUGAAGUUUGUGAGGUCUUCUGCAAAUAGGUUAGAUAUUUUUAAGAAGGCUGUAGAAAGGGAAAAGCUUGAGUGUAAGGGACUUGUGUGCAUGGAUGUCCCAACAAGGUGGAACAGCACCUAUAUAAUGUUGGAAUCGGCUUUGAAGUUUGAACAAGUAUUCGCACUAAUGUUGGAAGAUGAGGAGUCAACCUUUGCAGCUUACUUUAAAGAACCAGAUGAAGAAUUUGAUGAAGAUGGAAAUCUAGUACCUAGCACUAGUCACAGAAAGAAGGUGGGACCUCCGAAUGAAGAAGAUUGGGACAAGGCGAAAGUGUUUGUCAAUUUCUUAAGACUUUUCUAUGAGGUUACUCUAAGGAACAGUGCAUCAUUGCACCCUACUGUGCACACUGCUUUACAUGAUGUUAUUGACAUGGAGACCAACAUAAAAAGCUUGUUACUAACACCUCGGUUGGCAAGUGGGUUAGAAACUACAAAGACAUUGAUAGACAUGGCUAGCAAUAUGAGAAGCAAAUGGUUGAAGUAUUUUGGCUCUUUUGGGGACCUUAACAACAUGUUGGUUAUUGGUCUAGUUUUAGAUGCAAGAUUCAAGUUAAAAAAUGUAACACACAUGUAUAUGGAAGAGGAGCUGCCUGUUUGUGAGGUGGAAAGAAGAACAAAGGAGAUCAAAAAGCUGUUUAUGGAUCUUUAUAAUCAGUAUGUGGUACAUGUAGAUGAAGGCAUACACAUGCUGAGGCCACAUUCUCCUAAUUCUUCAUCUAGUACUAUCAUAAGUGGAAGCAGCUCUAGCUCAGGCCAUCGGGGUCAGCGGCUCAGUAAUUGGAAAAAGCUUGUUCAAGAAAAGGAAGAGGCAGUCGCAGCUCAUGAAGUUGAUCAAUACUUAGAUGCUGCAUUGGAUCCAACUGAUGAAGAAGAUCACUUUGACAUCCUGAGUUGGUGGAAGAUUAAUAGCUGCAGGUAUCCAGUCUUAGCUGCGAUAGCUAGGGAUGUUCUUGUCAUUCAGACCUCAACAGUGGCCUCAGAGUCAUGUUUUUCAAUAGGGGGUAGAGUAAUUGACUGUUUUAGGAGCUCAUUAACUCCUAAAACUGUGGAGGGGCUGAUUUGCAUGCAAAAUUGGAUGUUAGGUGAUGAUAUUGCAAAGGUUGAAGUAGAGGCUGAUAUACCAACAAUGAUAAACACUGAGUUUUAUGAAGGUCUUGAGCUAGAUCAUGAGGACAAUGCUUCAAGCAAGAACAAUUGUCCAUCUCCAACUCCAAGAGGAAAAGGAAAAGGAAAGGGGAAGUUUGUACCGGUGGAAAAUGUAAUUAAUGUUUAG